AUGGGUACUCAAACUCCUUCAAAAGCUAUUUCAAACAUAAAUUAGUAGUAAUGGCUUUUUUUUAUGUGCUCGUUUGAUGUACAAAAUAACUAUUUGAGAAUGUAUGUAUAUUAGUAAUAAGUAUCCUAAUCAACUGCCGUUACUCCAUUAUAGUUUUCGUCUUAAAUUACAUUUAAUAACUGGAUAAUUAAUUAUCCUAUCCCAAACUAAUCUUAAAGUUAAUGGAAUGGAAGUAUAAGAUAUUUUACGUUGCUAUACAAUAUUAACUUUUCAGAAUUCAGUACCUCAUUUUUAAGUCUAGUAUUUGGAGACUACUAAAUGAAAUAUUUUAUGCCUUUAAAUAGUCGUUAGGGAAAUACUAUUUAUGAAGUUAAUGAAGGGUUUUCAUAUUAGCUCUAAUAUAAUCAACUUUCUAUACCCAGCUUUGAAAUUGAUGGUAUGGGAAUGACAUAUUCAGCAACAAACCAAACAGCUGUUAUUGAUAACUUAUAGCUAUCUAAUUCUAUUUUUAUUUCAUUUUGGAUUAAACCAACUAUCAUAGCAUCAAAUCUUGGUUUAGAUAGUAAUUAUGAAUAUAAAGUAGUGACUUUGAAAGACACUAAUGAAUAACUUUAUUCAUCUAUUUCUAUAUAGUCUAACAAUUUAGUCUUUAAAUUUAUUGAUUCCCAACCAUAGACUUAUGUAAUAGGUCCUAUUGCUGAUAGUUAGUGGCACUUUCUUUAUCUUUCAAUUUUUGUUUCUAAUGCUGAAUUUUUGUUGAUAAACUCUUACUUUUCUUCUUCUUUUAACUCAACAAGCACUAAUAAAUUUUACAACUUACAACUAUUUGGAAUCAGCUAUACUACUUUACUCUAUAGAGUUAACUUGGGAGGAAUUAUUACAUCAAGUCAAGGAGUAUUUUCUGCAAGCAAUUCAUUUGUAGGCACUAUCAAAGAUUUUUAAAUAAGUUAAGGUGGAUCAAGCUAUGAUAGUACAGCUAGAAAUUCUUUGCCAACUUGGAAUUGUGACAUUAUGAUUGGAUUUAAUUCUAAUAAUAUUAGAUGUUUGCUUUGUAAAAACCAAAAUUAUCUAGUAGAUAAAAUUAAUAACCCCCCAAACAACUGCUAAAAAAAUUAAUGCCCAUAAGGAUAUUACAAGUAACCCAAGAAUAGAUAGUGUGAAUCUUGUGAUCCAAAAUGUAAAACUUGUACAGGUGGAAUAUUUAACUAGUGCAAUUAGUGUAUAAGCGGAAAUUACAAAUUGAAGACAAAUUGCUACUAAACUUGCCCAUAAGGUUAUUAUAACUCCUUAACAAGUUUUGAUUGCUACUAGUGUGAUUCGUCUUGUCUAACUUGCAAUGGAAAACUCCCUACAAAUUGCUUGAGUUGUUAACAAAAUUAGUUUUUAAAUUUAGGCUAAUGUCUUAACUGUCAUAAAUAUUGUGCUCAAUGCUUUGGUCCUAAGAGUAGCUAAUGUACUCAGUGCAAUAGCUCCUAUUUCUUGCUUUAAUCAACCUGCUUAGCAGCAUGCCCAGAUGGCUAUUUUGAAAACAGCCAAAAUUAAUAAUGCACAAAAUGCGAUAGCAGCUGCCUUACUUGUGAUGGAUCAUCAACAAAUUGUAAUUCAUGUCCAUAGUCAAGCUUUUUACUUUAGUAAGGAGCAUAGCAAUAGUGUUAGCCAUGUCAUCCUUACUGCUUUUAAUGCUUUGCAUCUGGUAACAAUUCAUGUAUUAGCUGUAAUAGUGGCUAUUUUUAGGAUGGCAAUUCCUGUGUUGAAGUCUGUCCCACUACAAAAUACAGAGAUUCAACAAACAAUUAUUUGUCUUGCCAAUUUUGUGUAAGUCCUUGUAAAGAGUGUUAUACAAAAGAAAAGUGCACAUCAUGCAUACCUGGAUAUUAUUAUGUUGCUUCUUCACAUUAAUGCUUGUCUUGUUCUUCUGCCAUCUAAUAUUGUGGUGCAUGUGAUAGCCCAACUAAUUGUACUCAAUGCAGCUAAUAUUACUUAGAUACAGGUUCAAAAACAUGUGUAAUUUAAUGUAGCUAAGGAUUUUAUGCUGACCCCGUCAUGUAGCAAUGCAACAGCUGUGAUCCUUCUUGCACUUAAUGCACAGGACCAAGGGUUUCUGAUUGCUAGGCUUGCUCUCCUGGAUAUUAUUUAGAUACAGCUUAAAGCACUUGCAGGCAGUGUCCUGAUAAUUGUUUAAAAUGUGGUGUUGAUCCUAAUAUAUAAAAUAUAUAAGUUAUUCAAUGUUUGAAAUGUAGCUCAGGUAACUAUUUAAAUAGCAUAGAUAGGGUCACUUACAAAUAGGUGAUUUGCUUGCCUUAGUGCGGUUAUGGAUACUUUUUAAAUCAAUAAAGUAUUGAUCUAAAUCUUUAGUUAAGUCCUUCAGACACUGAUGGUAACAUGUUGCUUUAAAAUUUUAUUAACUAUAGUUUUGUAAGCGGUAAAUCCUUCACAUAUUGUUAAAAGUGCAGCGAUGUUUUAACUAAUUGCUAAAGUUGUGAUACAAAUGUCUCAUCUUGUCAAGGAAGUUUUAGUAAACCUAUUCGAUGUUUAAGUUGUAAUCUGACUUUUUACUUAAAAAAUUGUUCAUGUUAGCCUUGUUCUUAGAAUUAAUGUGAAUAGUGCAUUUCAUUAAAUGAUGGCUCUACUUAAUGCACUUCUUGCCCUUCAUCAUCCUAUCUGCUUAAUGGUAAAUGUGUCUCUUAAUCAGAAUGUGAAAGCGGAAAAAUUCGCUUUGCUGAUAACAAUUUUAAUGUAUGUUCAACAUGUAAUCCAAUAUGUUAAACAUGUAAUGGAGGAUAAGUAAAUAAUUGCUUGACUUGCUAUAUUGGAUAUUAUUACGAUAAAUUAGUUUAAACUUGUUAGGUUUGUCCUUUUUCAUGCUCAUAAUGCACUGAUUCUACUCAUUGCUAAAAGUGUAAGACAAAUUAUUAUUUGGAUCAAACAAACCCUAAUGUUAGUUAAUGUGUGCUGAUAUGUCCUAAUGGCUAUUUCGGAGAUAGUAAUGGCAACUGUACUAAAUGUAGUACAUAAAAUUGUUAAUAGUGCAAUAAUUAAAAUAGAUGCUUAGUUUGCAACUCAAGCUAUUACUUAUCUAACAAUUCAUGCACAUAAUGUGAUUAAUCGUGCUUUUAGUGUUAAGGAGCUGCUAAUGGAUCUAUAAAAAAUUGUACCUAAUGCUACCCUGGAAAGAAAUUGUACCAAACAAAUUGUAUAGAUUAAUGCCCUGCCUAAACUUAUCUAAACAGUAGCGGAUAGUGCCUUAGUUGUGAUCCUUCUUGUUUAGUAUGUACUGAUAAACUUAACACAAAUUGCUAAUAAUGUGCUGAUGGAUUUUAUUAUAAUGAUCCAUCUACAUGCUUACCUUGUGAUUCUAGUUGUAAAACAUGCACCGGACCAGGAAAUUCAAACUGUAUUUUAUGUUCUAAAGGAUAUUAUAAAUUGGGUGAAGCUACUUGCAUUUAAUAAUGCAUUGAUGGGUACUUCCCAGAUUCUAUAAAUUAUAUUUGUAUGCAAUGCUAAGAUUCAUGUGGUAAAUGUACAUCUCUGUCUUCUUGCUAGCAAUGUAAUAUAGGCUAUUAUUAAGUCACAAGUUCAAAUAAUGGUGUUACGUGUGCGAAAUGCUAUUCAGCUUGCUCAUCUUGCCUUUCAGACUCAAUAAGUAGCUGUUUGUCAUGUUCGCCUGGAUAUUUUUUAUAUAAUUAAUCUUGCUUGAAUAUUUGCCCUAAAGGUUAUAGAGGAAUAGAUGGGUUGUGUGUAAAGUGUACUGAUUCUAAUUGUGCAAUAUGUGAUUCAUAAUAAUUAAGUAAUUGUUCUGUAUGCCUAAAAAACUAUAGUUACGAUCCAUUGAUUAAAGCUUGUGUCUAAAAUUGCUCAAAUGGCUAUUAUCCUGCUGCAGUUUUAGAUUCAACAAAAAUACCAUCAGACGCUUCUUAAUCAGUUUGUUAAAAAUGCAACAUAGCUUGUUCUUUAUGCAGUGGCCCUCUUCCUACUUAAUGCAGUGGUUGUGCAUCAGGCUAUUACUUUCAUCCAGAAAUAAAUACAUGUUCUUUGAUAUGUUUGUAGGGAUAUAUUAUAAACACAGCAGUAUAAAAUUAGUGUAAGAUAUGCUAAACUUCUUGCCUUUCUUGUAUAUAAUCUUAAUACCUCUAUAAAUAAAUUUGCUAUACAAAUAGUUGUCCUUUUGGAACAGAGCCCAUUUAAAAUACCAAUAUUUGUUAAGCAAAGCUUGCUCCAAGUGUUAAAAUUAUAACUGAUCCAAAUAACCUUUAAUUUUAAUCAGAUGUAAUUAUAUAAGCUUAAGUUACUUCUCAAAUUAAUAUUAUAAAUUAACAAUGGACUCUAAUAUCUCCACAGAAGGAAGCGAGCAAAAUAUUUUAGAAUGUUUAAACAACAUUUGCUACUCUGAUUAUUCCAGUUGAUAACUUUAAUCUUAGUGAAGAAUAUAUAUUUUAAUUGGUAGUUGAGAACUUAAAAGGAUCUGUGAAACAAACAUUCUAAUUCCACUCAUCAUAACUUAUUUAAGUAGGAACUUAUGAUAUAAAUUCAGACUCAUCCUAGUUUUUAUCUGGCUCAAGCUUGUUAACUCUAAAUCUGUAAGGGUGGAAGUCUAGUCAAGGUUUAGAAUUAAAAUAUGAUGUAUUUGUUUAUAAUAAAAAUUAAACAUAAUAUACAUAAAAUGGUUAAUAGUACUUAGUUAAUUCUCUAACAAAAGUAAAGGCGGCUGGUUCUGGACUUACUUCAAAUAAAUAGAUAACAUUUAAAACGCUUCCAUUGGUUUCAGAUACAUAAUUGACCUUUUAGAUUAGAGCAUAUACCACUUAAAAAAGUGUAACAGUAGAGAAAUAAAUAUUAAUUUUAGCUAAUCAGAACUAUCAGAAAAUGCUGAUAGAUUAACAAAAAACUGUCCUCAAUAUUACAUCAGCUUCUUAUUUUGGAGCCGAUGAUAAUUUUUACUUAAAUUUCUUUGGCACUAAUCUUCCAUCUGAAACAGAAGAUAUUGUUAUAUAAUUUGAAAUAGCAAAAUAAUUGUUAAGAAAUAAUUCUUAUGUUCAAGAUGCUUAAUUUCAUGAAAAGGAAAUGUAUUUUUAAAUGCUGCAGGUUUAUAAUGCCACAUAAAUACCAUGUCAAGAUUCGAUAGACUGUAAUGGAAAUGGAAAAUGCUAUUCUGUAAGUGUCCCUUUUAGCUGGACGCCUUUGAACUCUACAAAUUAAACUAAUUAAGCAAGUUCAACCAUACAAUUAGUUGAGUCAUAUCACAAAAUUCAUCAUUUUUGUAAUUGUAAUCCUCUUUUUAAUGGCAUUACAUGUAAUUGGUAGAGCACUUUUUUCUAAAAUAUAACUUAAAAAGUUAAUGAAGCUACUAUUUACAUAUAAUAAUUACCACAAAACUUACUAAAUCCUGCGAGUAUUUUAAACUUAUUUGCUACUAUGAGUGAAUUUAAAGAUGUAAUAGUAAAUAACAUUUAAUCAAUUUUAGUUAGCACUACUAAUUUCCUAAAAUAUGUUGUGGAUUAGCCUAUAUACUUCUAAUUUGUCAAUGAAAUAAUAAUGAAUUAUAUAGACAUCCUAAUUAACUAUAACCCUAGCAUGGAUCAAUCAGUUAUUAAAUAAUAUAUUAUUAAUCUAUUUUCAAUCCAUUAAAACUAUACUCAAUAAACAUCUUAGUAUUUGUAUGAAAAAUAGGGGAUGCUAACUUACACUAGCAACGUUUACUAGCUUGUACUUUCAGAAAUAGAUUAAAAGAAUUUGCUUAGUUAAAGCACAUCUCAAAGACUUUUGAAAAAAGAUGCAUACAGGCAAGAGGAAGAAUUAGAUUUUUUCUCUGAAAAAUAAUAAAAAGAAUUAAAUAAAUUAAAUUCUUAAAAAAUUAGAUAUUUAUAAAGCGAUUUAUUUGAGUUUGGAGAUGGUACAGAUAUUCUCUUGCAAUUAUACUCGAUACCUUCCAUUUCAGUCAAUGCAAAUAAGAUAUAAGUUUUAAUACCAAUUUAAACUAUCACUAAUCCUGGCAAGAUAGUUAUUAGAGUUUAAAAUUUUUUGAUUAAUCCAUUUGAUUAUAUGAUUAAUUGUACUUUGAUUUAGAAAUAUCAAGUAUCCUAAAUAGCUUAGGUUGAUAUAUUUAACUAAAAUCAAUUAGUCCCAACCAUAUAAAUGAGUGCCCCAAUUACUAUUGUGUUAAAAAAGCUAAUUCGUGCUUCUCCACCAACUUCUCUCAACAUCACAGUUUCAGCUUACUAAUGUAUGAAUUAUAUGUAAAUGUAUAACAACUGGAAUUCUACAAACUGCUCAGUUUAAAGUGAAAAUAGUACUCAUAUCGCUUGCUCUUGUUAUUCUUUACAAGGUCCAGUUGUUGUUAUCGCCUCUAUUAACAACACAGCAACCCCAGUAACUUAAAACAGCAUAUUAUUGCUCAAUGAAUUUUUGAAUCCUGGUAUUGAAAGCAUGAGAAAGAAUUUACUAAUAAGCUUAGGUUUACUUAAUCCAAAUAAUAACAAAACUGACUAAAACAAUAACACAAAUAUAAGCACUCCUACAAAUAUUUAUCAAUUUUAAAAUUAUUAUGGUAUUUACUCACUCUGUGUUUAUUGCUUUGGAAUUUCAUUAUUAAUAUUCUCGUUUGCCUCUUCAAAAACUAAAAAUGAUGACUAAAACUCAAACAUAAAGCAAAUAAGAUACCCAUACUUGCAUUUUUAUCCUUUAUAUUCAUUCUUUUGUGGUCCAACAAACGUAUUUGUAAGUAACAUCUCUAGAUCAUUUAUUUUAUUAACUGUUAUAUCUUCUGUAAUGUUUUAUCCUUCUAUUCUGAUAGCUAUUCCGAAUGUAAAAUCUAAGUUUAGUUUUAUUUAAAUUUCUCUAAUAUCGUGUGCUGCCUCAGUAGGAACAUCAUGCAUCCUUUUUGCCUUGCCAACUUUUCUUAAAUUAGGUUUAAAUAACUUAAAUGUUAAAAAAAUUAAGAAAAAAAAAUGGGCCUUUGUUGGUUUCAGUUAUACUUACUUAAUAUAAGUAUUAGCUUUGCUUUAUAUAAUAGUAACUUAAUAUUUUGUUCUUGUGAUAGUUGGAAGCUAUACAAAUAACAAUGAUAUUUCUUUAUGGCUAUAAUGUGCAGGCUUUGCAUACUUAUUUGAAAACGUAUUGGAUAUUUUAAUAGUUUUCUAUGUGAUGGCUAAAGGAAUUUAAGAUAAAUUAUCACAAUUAAUAGCUUUAAGGGGUUACGUUUUAUUACCUGAGGAGCUUCUAGUUGAUGCAGAUGCCAGUGAAUAAACAGAUUUUAAUGAUGAUGAUAUUUUCGAAGAUUAAAAUAAAUUUUAGUAGCAAAAUAUUUAAGCAUAAGAUUCUUAAGUCUAUUAAGACAAUUCAAGCUCAGAUGGAUCCUAAAAUUCAAUUGAAAUAGAUGACAUGGAUGAAGAGAAUAGAUAAUAAAAUUAAUAUAAUAUCUAAGAGAGUUAAAACGUAGAAAGUAAAUAAGAUUCAGAAGAUGAGGAAAGUGAAGAAGAAUAUGAUGAUGAAGAAGAAGAAGAAAAUUAAGAAGAUGAAGAAAAUGAUAGCAAGCAAAAAGAAGGUAGAUCAGAAAAUGUAGAAGUCAAAUUGGAAACUGAUGAUUAAAACAAUAAUAAUAAUAUUCUACACACUUAAGAAUAUGAAUUAGAAGAUUUAAAAAUAGAGGCUUUCAAAAAUAAUGAUAGAAGCUGA